ACGGAUACGCCCCCUUUGGGCAUAGGUUCCAAAGUUCCGUAGUUACGAUGCGUCUGCAACUCGUUGAACAUAACCGAAUCACUCUUUCCUGUGGUUUCAUGUCUAUCCAACUUUAGGGAAGCAGAGUGAGCAGAUCGGGGAUUCCGUUCCUGAAAAGAUGGAACAAACACUCGGCGACGCGAAGAAGGAAACACUCGAAAACUCUGCGCCACCUAAAGGGUCGAAUCCCCCCAACAGAGCUCAGAUCAUUAAUGUCACCUACAUCAUUGUUGCACUGGACAUAACAUGGAUGUUCGUGCAGAUCGCUGUCACUCCUUACUUGGCCAAGAAACUCGACUUGGACACCUUAUGGUUCGGCUACUUGCAAACCACCGUUGGCGUGAUUCAGCUGCUUGGUGGACCAAUCUGUGGAAGAUUUGGAGAUGUCUUCGGGGCCCGGGCGGCCUUGUCCCUCUCCUGUGUGGCUUCCAUCGUGUAUUUCCUGUUGCUGGCCAUCGCAGAUACCCCGGCCAUGCUGUUCAUGCAUAAACUACCUGUGUUCUUCAUGCACGUGUUACCUGGGUCCCAGAUGGUGUUGGCCGACCUUACAGAACCAGAGAAUCGUGCGAACGCUCUGUCUAAAAUCGGUAUAUGUUUUGGCGUCGGCAUGAUCGCUGGCUCCACCAUCGGGGGCAAUCUGAACACCAUGUUUGGGGAGACCAUUACUGCAUACGUUGGUGCAUUUGGGUGCAGCUUCACUUUAUUGUUGGUUCUAAUGUUUAUCCCAAAAAGCACUAAACCUCAAUCUCCAUCUACUAGCAUUAACCGUGAGAACGGUCAGAGGAAUAAGUCUAUAUUUAGUCUGGCAGAGAUCACCAGACUUCUGAAAUUCCCUGGUAUUACCAGAAUAUUCCUCAUUAAGAUCAUAUCAGGAUUACCAUCAGUUAUCUUCCAGGUGAUGUUUAGCAUCAUAGGGAUGAACUUCUUCAAGUUGGAACCCGCCCAAUCGGGCUAUCUGAUGGCCUUCUUUGGCAUCGCGCAAAUGGUCAUACAGGGCUUUGUGAUCGGCCGGGUAACGAGCAGAUACUCAGACGGCUCUCUGCUUCUAUUCUCCAUCGGAGUCUGUGCUAGUGUGGGACUGGCCCAGGCAGCCAUGCAGAAUGUGUUCCACUUCUGCCUGAUCGUCUUCCCCAUGGUGUUCUCCCUCUGCCUGUUCAACGUCAUCACAGACAGCAUGCUCACCAACUCAGUCCCCGCCUCUGAUACUGGCACUUUGAUGGGACUGUGCGCCUCUUCGCAGUCUCUGCUUCGAACCAUCGCCCCGACCAUCGGUGGCUUUCUCUAUGAGAAUUACGGCGUGCCCUACUUUGGUAUGAUCCAGUGUGCCGUGAACAGUGUUUUAUUUGUGUACCUCUUUAAAUACGGCCUCAAAAAGAAGGAAACCAAACACGAAUGACGACUUCUUCGGAAAGGGUACUCUUCGUUUCUGAAUCUAAUGAAUUGUUCUCCUGUUCGACAAGGGAAUAAUUAAAGGUAUGCAUGCAAGCACAUGUUUUUGUAAAAGUUCUGUCAAAUUCAACUUGACAACAGCACAAAUCUAGACGAACAAGGUGUUUCACUUCCUAUUUGUUUUGAACAAUGAAGGUUUUCAAUCAACACCAUGUAGACUGGCCAGUGUACGAAUACACUAAUUACAAUCUCCUUAAGAAAGCUCUUCCCCUUGUCUAAAUAAGUUUCUGUUCGCUAGGAAUCUCCAUAACGUACAUUAACCGUAACAAGGCAGAACUCUGUAGCCCUUUCUGUUGUUGGUUUCUGGCCCAGGCUCUGUGCCGUCUCCCCCCAGGAGUUCUGCCUUAAGAUAAUAGGACUGCUGUGUAAGAGAUGAUAGGUCACCUGAUAUGGGUAACCUUUUAAUUUGUCAUAUUCCCUGACAUUCUUUUGUACUAUGAAUGCAUAUUUAUCUGCCAAACCCCUCCUCUGGAACUUGAGACCUACACUGAUGUUUUUGUGUGACUUCACAUGCAUUUGAGCAAUUAUAUCUUGCGAUAGCAAGUCAUGCAACCUGUUAUAUGAUUUAUUUAGAAUUUUUGUUUAAUUAUGUGGAAGGCCACUAGAUGGCAGCAACUCUACUAUAUCUGCUGAAAGGAACGUGUACACUGAGAUCGGGUGAAGAUAAUACAUAAUAUGUAUAAUACACAUACAUAAUAAUGAAAAAAUCUCCAUACACUCACUAUGAUAUAAAAUAAUACUUUUUUAUCAACAUCGGUGUCUUUUCCUUUUGUUGUAGAUAGAAGACAUUGUAGUGUAGACUUCAGUUUUUCAAGUUAUGCUAAAUUGUACAGUUAUGGUAUUUAGACCUGUAACGUGCUAUAAAGUUAUGUAUGACAACACUUCCUAAAUAUAAUAACAAAUUCCUGCAUCCCAAAAUUCAACCAACCAAAACAAAGAAAGGAUAUCCUUUAUUUAUGUUAGUGCAGUUUGUAUUAGGCCUACCUUGUAUUUGUUUAUGCUGUUUUCCUCACCAUGUUGAAGUGAUGUCAUUUAAUCUGGAGCAGGUGUCUCUUUGUAUUACGACAAACAAACUGUUUCUGUUUUAUUGACAUAUUUUAGAUCCUCAACAAUCCCUGAUAAUGAUUGUCAUAUGCUAACAGUAGGGGGUAAAUCUCUUGAUAGAAUUACUCUAAAUCGUAAUGUGUCUGUUGUUGAGGAUAUUUUUUCAUUUUCAGGCCAAAUCCAGUAGAUUAUAUUUUUCCUGCAGUUUAAUGAGAAAGCAAAUUUAGAAACACGGGUGGUUUGAGUUAAAACGCCAUCUUCAGCUCCAUGCGGUUAUCUGUUCCACCCAUAAGUCCCUUCACAGAUAACUGCUAAUUAACCCCUUUCAGUUAUUUCUCAUUAAACUGCUGCUGCCCUAAGGAAGAAACACACUGCUAAACAUUGUCGUUUGGCAAUGUUUCAUGUAUUUCAUACAAUAAUUCGGUAAGGGUCAGCAAAAAAGUAAUGCGACUUGAAUUCCCACUUACUUUCUCUUGCUCACACAAUCCUCUCUUCCUCUCAAGAAGCCAGGCUUCA